AAUGCUACUUGUCUUCUUCUUACAAAAAUUAAAACCCUAACUAUCGUGCCCUUGGACAAUUACCAGAGAGUUCUAUCUCCCAAAUUUCAUGGAUUUUCUCACUCUCCUUACAAACUAACGAAUUGUGUUUCAUCGUUUAUUCAGAUUGAUAGCUAAGGGAGCCGUCUGUAGAUUUUUUCCAAAAAAGGGAGCGUUCUGUACAUGUUCCAUCAUUAUGCGUGAUUUUACCAAGUCAUGGUCAUGAACAUGGUCACAGAGAGUCCAUUGCACAUGAUGUCAGAUAUCAGUAGACGAUCUGUAUCACAGGGAGGGGGUUGCAGUGAGCAAUUGGAGAAAGAGAUCAGCAUGAUGCUAAAAGAGCAAUACAUUUGGGAACCUAGUGGUCCUGACGGGGAGUUUCAUCCUUGUAGAAGUGGUAGUGCUCCCCCAACUGUUGAAGGCUCUUUGACCGCAAUUGGUAGCCUAUUCGAUCGAAACCUUGGCUCAAACCUCUCUCCACUUAACAAACCUAACAAUAGGUUAUUAUCAGAAGAAGAACUACGAAAUGACCCAACUUACCCAUCGUACUAUUAUACCACACAAGCUAAUCUUAACCCUAGAUUUCCCCACCCUGGCAUUUCAAAGGAGGACUGGCGUGCUGCUCAGAGGCUUCAGGCCGGGACUUCUUCAGUUGGAAGCUUCAGGAGGCUAUCAGUUGAUGAAAUAAGCAGCAAGUCUUUGUUCUCUUCGCAGCCUGGUCUAGUGCAAGAGAAUGAAGAAUGUGAUCCUAUGGAGGCCAGCGAAUUGCGACAAAGGAGUCUCACACGACAGUCCUCUGUGGAGUGGUCCAGGGAGUAUGGGCUCUUUGGCUUGCCGGCCAUUGGUUUGGGAGCAAGGACCAAGAGUGAUGCUAAUUUUCAGCAGGACAUCAGGGGUUCUCUGCCUAAAUCUGGUCGCCUUUAUCGUCCAGUAAGUCAUGGUGCUCUUGAUGAUGAAGUUGAUCUUGCACAUGCAACUGGACACCGAAUCCUGCAGAUGCAUAAUGGGGCAGAUAACUUGGAUAAUUUACAGCCAGCCCUGUCUAGGGUCAAGAGCGUUGGUUCAUCUGGCAAUUCUUUUGCAUCUGCUUUGUGUAAUUCUCUGUCACCAAGCACCACGCCUGAUCCACAAGUGGUGGCGAGGUCCCCCAGCCCCUGUCUGCCCCCUGCUGGAGGGAGGCAUAGUGCAAUUGAAAAGAAGGCUAUUGUUGGAUCUAAUGCCAUAAGUGGCAUUUCGUCUAGUGUGACAGAUAUUGUUGAUAUUGCCACAAGUUUAUCAGGUCUAAAUUUGUCCAAAAAUAGACUGUUGGAUGAGAAAAGUCGUUUACAUCCUCAGCAGGGGAUGAUCGAUCAUGAGAAAUUCCUAUUUCGUGUGCAAAAUGGUCACCAGAGUCAGCAACACCAACUUGUGAACAAUUCUGAAAACGGACCUCUACAUCCCCCUUCCAUAUCUCAAUCCCCAGCAUAUGCUAAGUUAAUUGAUAGCAAUGGAAACAUAAAUGACCAUAGUAUUUCUAAGAUGGGUUCUGAUGGGCUUGCUGAUUGGGCAAAAGGGACUUCAUCAGUGAGUUUGUAUCCUAAAGCUCCCUCAUCAAGCAGCGCUUCUAAUUUUGAUGGAUCCAGUACUCUGUAUCAGAAUUCAAAUUCUCAAAAUGCAGGCCUUCAAAACUUUAACUUGAAUGGAUAUUCCAUGAAUCAAAUGUCACUAUCUUCAACAAACAGCCAUUUUUGCACAGGAGCAACUCUGAGUGAGACCAAUGAUGUGCAAAGUAUGAAUAGGGCCGUUAAUCAAGUGGGGGCAGGUCUUCAAAUGCCACUAAUGGACCCUUUGUACUUGCAGUAUAUGCAAAGAGCUGUUGAAUAUGCUGGUCACGUUACUGGAAAUUUAGGUGAUCCUUCAGCGGGGAGGAACUACAUGGGGAAUUCUUAUGUGGAUUUACUUGGACUACAAAAAGCUUACUUGGGUCUUCUUGCCCAGCAAAAAUCCCAGUACGCUAUGCCAUUUUUAAGUAAAUCUGAUGGCUUGAAUCAUGGGUACUUUGGUAAUGGUUCCUGUGGAGUUGGCAUGCAAUAUUCUGAGUUCCCAGUAGCAAAUUCUCUUCUUUCUGCCUCUCUUGGAGUUGGAAAUCCUAUUAGACAAGGUGAACGGAAUCACCGUUUUCCAGCCAUGAGGAGCUCAGCUGGAGCCACAGGAUCAUGGCACUCAGAAAAUGGUGGUAAUAUGGAAGAUUGUUUUGCAUCAUCCAUGCUCGAUGACUUUAAGAGUAACAAGAUGAAAUGUUUUGAACUUUCAGAUAUUGCAGACCAUGUUGUUGAAUUUAGUGCUGAUCAGCAUGGAAGCCGGUUUAUUCAACAGAAACUGGAAACGGCCACAAUUGAAGAGAAAAAUAUGGUCUUUCAAGAAAUCAUUCCCCAUGCGCUCUCUUUGAUGACAGAUGUCUUUGGCAAUUAUGUCAUCCAGAAAUUUUUUGAGCAUGGUACUACAAGUCAGAGAAAGGAACUAGCUGACCAGCUUUCUGGGCAUGUAUUAGCACUCAGCCUUCAAAUGUAUGGAUGCAGAGUGAUACAGAAGGCAAUCGAGGUGGUUGAUGUGGGGCAGCAGACUCAAAUGGUUCUAGAGCUUGAUGGUCAUGUUAUGCGAUGUGUACGGGAUCAGAAUGGUAACCAUGUUAUUCAAAAGUGUAUAGAGUGUGUUCCCCAAGAAAGGAUUCAAUUCAUUAUUUCAGCAUUUUAUGGUCAAGUUGUGGCACUAUCAACUCAUCCCUAUGGCUGCCGGGUCAUUCAGAGGGUCCUGGAGCACUGCAAUGAUGCAAAAACGCAGCAAAUCAUGAUGGAGGAAAUCUUGCAAUCUGUGUGCACUUUGGCACAAGAUCAAUAUGGAAAUUAUGUUGUGCAGCAUGUGCUAGAGCAUGGGAAACCUCAUGAGCGUUCUGCAAUCAUUGAGAAACUAGCAGGACAAAUAGUUCAGAUGAGUCAACAAAAGUUCGCUUCAAAUGUGGUUGAGAAAUGUUUAGUGUUUGGUGGCCCUGCAGAGCGUCAGCUUUUGGUUAAUGAGAUGCUUGGGUCUACAGAUGAGAAUGAACCCCUGCAGGCCAUGAUGAAGGACCAGUUCGCUAACUAUGUCGUGCAGAAGGUUCUUGAGACCUGCGACGAUCAUCAUCGUGAGCUCAUUCUUUCACGAAUCAAGGUCCACUUGAAUGCCUUGAAGAGAUAUACUUACGGCAAGCACAUCGUGGCUCGUGUCGAGAAGCUUGUUGCAGCUGGAGAGAGGCGCAUCGGGGUUCCACCUACGUAUAUGUCCUGAAGGUUUUGAGAGUGCAGACCAUGUACAGCUAACAAGACUGGUGAAGUAUUUGCCAGCCGGAGUAUGUUUUUCCAGUCCAAAGUAGAGAGAGAGAGAGAGAGAGAGAGAGAGAGAGAUUGGUAUGGCAGAUGGUGUAUAUGAUAGGGGCCGAUCAACUAAAUAAAUGUGUAUGUCAGCAUAUGUACUGUUGUUUCACUUAUUUGUAUAUUCUGUAGUCUAAUUUGACGACGACGACACAUCAAAGAGGGUGAGCUUAGUUAGGGUUUAGGGGAAAUGAGGCAUUGUGGCUCAAGACGUUUUUUUUCAUAACCUUGAGAUGCAUGUACACGAGUGUACUGUCUGUAAAGAGAAAAAGGAGUGUAGGGUAAUGUAUAAGAACGUUUGGUGGAAGAUGUUUUCUUCAUAAAUAAGGGGUUUCACUCUGAAAUCCUUACUAAUAAUACAAGGAUAUUGGAGGAUACAUGUUUUGAAGA